CAACAUACUAAACUUUUUCACGCUGAUUACAGGUUUGCUUCGAGACAAAAUUGAAGAUAAAGCAAAAAAGGCGUUCCAAUCGUACUUGGGAGUGGUCGGGUCACCUCCUGUGGGGUAUGAAAACUUCACAGUUAAAGUCAACGAAUACAUGCAACUUCCUCCAUUCAACUAUAAAAAUCCUGUCGGUAUUUUCGGAGGGAUGAAAAGGGUUCCGGCAGAGGGAGCUUAUCUCUAUGAUGCCGUGUACGUGUAUGCUCGAGCACUGAAUAGUUGUUUAGCGGAUAAACAGAACCCUUUCGAUGGAAAGUUGAUUUUGGAGUACAUGAAACGUAAAACGUAUCAAAGUGCAAUGGGAUACAUUGUUUAUAUGGAUGAAAACGGUGACGCUGAAGGUAACUACACUGUGAUCGCUAGAAAACCACUGCCUGGAGUUCCAGAGGAGUAUGGAAUUUUCCGGGUCGGUUUUUUCAUGCUUCCGGAAAACAGCAGUGGCAUUCCAGUGCUCUACUUGGACGACACGGUGGACUGGGUAGGUGAUGGACCACCAAAAGACGGACCAGAAUGUGGGUUCCACAAUGAAAAGUGUGUUAGUUUCGUAUGGAGAGCAGUAGCUGGGGGAACAGGUGGAGUGGCUUUGGUCUUGUUGAUAAUUUUAUGCAUUGUUUACAGGUUGAUUCGAGAUCUCCAGUUUGACAAUCUUAAUCCUUUUGUCGGAGCGUGCGUAGAUCCUCCAAAUAUCUGUAUAAUUACGGAGUACUGCUCACGAGGUAGUUUGAAGGAUAUCUUGGAAAAUGAAGACGUUAAAUUAGACAACAUGUUCAUUGCAUCUCUAGUUGGAGACAUUGUAAGAGGAAUGACAUUUCUUCACGACAGCUCUAUACGUUCCCAUGGCAACCUAAAAUCCUCUAAUUGCUUGGUUGACAGUCGUUGGGUUGUGAAGAUUACAGACUUUGGAUUACAUGAGCUUAAGAGCGGAACCGACCUUGGUGAAGAAAGCACAGAUCUAGAGAAACAGUGUGAACGUAGGUCUAAAAAUAUGAUGAACAAAACCAGUAUCCUACAUACCUAUUGUAUACUUGUACCUUUUGAACUUGAAGAAAUCAUUAAAAGGGUGAUGCAGCGAGAACCCAGUUAUCCUUUUCGACCACCACUGGAGCUAUUAGACUGUGUUUUCGAUUGUGCUAGAGAGUGCAUGAAAGAAUGUUGGUCAGAAGACCCAGAAGAGAGGCCGGACUUCAAAACUGUUCGAACCAAACUUAGACCAAUGAGAAAGGGAAUGAAACCUAAUAUAUUUGAUAAUAUGCUGGUGAUGAUGGAGAAGUAUGCCAAUAAUUUGGAAGCACUCGUCGAUGAACGAACUGAUCAGCUCAUAGAAGAAAAAAAGAAAACAGAAGCUUUGUUGCACGAAAUGUUGCCCAGAUACGUGGCUGAACAGUUGAAACGUGGAACCAAGGUGGAAGCCGAAUCUUUCGAUUGUGUUACUAUUUACUUUAGCGACAUUGUCGGCUUUACUGCUAUGUCUGCAGAAAGUAGUCCGUUACAAGUGGUGGAUUUCUUAAAUGAUCUCUAUACGUGUUUCGACUCUAUCAUUGAAAACUACGACGUGUAUAAAGUGGAGACAAUCGGUGAUGCCUAUAUGGUAGUCAGUGGUCUGCCUAUUCGAAAUGGUGACCAACACGCUGGAGAAAUUGCAUCAAUGGCGCUGCAGCUGCUAAAUGCUGUAAGGAAGUUUACGAUCAGACAUCGACCAAAUGAUACUCUAAAGCUGAGAAUAGGAAUCCAUUCUGGCCCGGUUUGUGCUGGUGUAGUAGGUUUAAAGAUGCCACGUUACUGUUUGUUUGGUGAUACCGUGAACACAGCAUCUAGAAUGGAAUCUACAGGAUUAGCUCUCAAGAUUCAUUGUAGUUCUGAAACCAGGAAAAUACUAGAAAAAAUUGGAGGAUACCAUUUGGAGGAGAGAGGAGUUAUUAGCAUUAAGGGCAAAGGAGAAAUGACAACAUUCUGGCUUGUGGGUGAGAACGAACGUCCACGUUGUGUACGUCGAGGUAACUCCAAGAAAACUGGCUGUCUGAGAGACCCACGGAGUUCCUUGAGAAAAAUACGAUCUGGGUGCACAUGUCACGACCGCAGGAUGUCGCUAGAAUCGCCAAAAAAAUUACGUUUUGCGAACGACAACAGUAAACAGAAGGACCUACUGAAGAGAGAAGAGCUUAGCAUUAAUUGUGACACAGUUUCACCCUCUAAUUUCAGCCCCCUAAUGUCACUGUAUCUGCGAGACAAACAACACUCCUGCCCCUGCUUAGGUCCUACUUGUAUGCGCUGUUUGAAAGAUGUUUAUUUUAUAAACUCUCCCGUGGACGAUUCGGCUAUCACUUUUCUCAUUGGAUCAAAACCUCUCAUAAAGCGUCCAAUAAGAACAUGUGAGACAACUAUAGGAAACAAAAUACGUUUUCCACAAUUUGAUAAGAAACAACUAAUGUUUACUCAGUCAGAAAGUGAACCAUUUCUUCCUAAAAUUUUGGGACUGACUGGGUUACAUAGAGAAAGCUCUAUGUGAUAAAUUGUGCUCUUAUUUAUAAACUUAUUGAUAUACAUAGAGAGAGAGAGAAAGGCGUAAUUAUACUUAGAUUUACGUCAAAACGUCUUUACUAAGACUACGAGUCAAUACGAUACCUAUAUCUUAUUUCCUAUGGUCCAAGCAUUCCCUUGCGUUAUUUUUUUCUGUUACUAUAAAUGUGCGAUUUUAUUUUUUUUCAAAUCAAAUAAUAUAAAUGCUGUUAAAAAGUUUCAUAAUAUUUCAAUACAGUUUUAAUGAAUGUGUUGUGUACCGUUCUUACUUUUUGUGUGCUUUAUCUUCUCCUUUCAAAACAUGAAGAAGAUCGCAUCAGUAUUAUUACGAGUUGUGAAAGGUCUUUAUUUGUGAAAAAAUUAUUUGAUGGUUAGUGUUCUUGUGAAAAAUAAAGUAUUUUGAGUUACGCA